AUGGCCGGCGGCCCGCCGCCCGAGACGCCGCCGGUGAGCCGCAGCGAGCAGAGCUACUACUCGGAGCAGGACGAGAAGCGCCUGCACGAGGGCGACAGCCGCUUCUGGGCGCACCAGCCGCACGCACACGCCGCCAUGGCGCCCACACACGCAGACGAGGGCGCCGAGAGCGCCGACGGCCCAGGCGCUGCCGACGACACGGGCGCCCUCGCCGACGGCCUGGCGCGCAGCCAUCUUGCCGGGCGCAACGCCGACCUCGACCGCGCUGCAGACGGCACGUACGUCGCGCCGCCGCACGUCGCUCAGCUGCCUUCGUCGGCGCCGCCAGCCGCAUCUGCCUCGCCGCCGGUGACACCCGGCUCGAGCAGCCUUGCAGGCCCCCACGGGCGCUUCGCCGCCUCGCCGGCCGAGGCGGCUGCUGCGCUGGCGGGCAUGGGUGCCGUGGCUACGGGUGCUGCUGGUCCGAGCGCCGCACCAGCCAGUGCGCCGACAGCCAACGGUCCGCUGCCAAAUGCGACCGAGGAGCUCACGUCCGAGCUGCGCGCGCUCUAUGCCAACCUGCAGCGCUGUGCCGAGCUGCGCGACAAGUACAUGGGCGUCUCGCUGCAGGCCAACCUAGCGGACAAUCCGAAGAACUGGGAUGCAGAGCACUGCGAGCGCGAGUCGAAGCGCAGAGGGCAGCGGACCGAGGCCUCGAAGCGCGCAGACGCUCGUGACGACACGGGCACGCCGGAGGGCAGCAUCGUCGUCGACGGCGCAGCGCUCGACGCCAAGGGCCAGCCGAAGCCCUGGCGCAUCUAUCCCUCGCCGCCACGGCCGCACUGGGAGCUCUUCCACCCGCCGCCAGCGAGCUCCUUCGUGUCGCGGCCGACCUCGGUAAACCCGCUGCCGCCAGCUCAGCCGCCUGCGUCGCCGGCAAACGCGACUGCGGCGCAGGCGCUGCUGGAGAGCACCGGCGGCAAGCCGGGCGUCUUCCGCAGCCAGGACACGCAGCUGCCGCCCGUGCACACUGUGCAAGGACGCGAGGUGCACUCGGGCAUGGACCCGUCGGGCGUGUUUCAGGUCUGGCUCUCCGACCCGGACUUCACGCCGACCGACGACGUGCCGCACCCGACGCCCAUCUUCAAGAUCCCGAGCAUCCGCGAGUAUUUCCGCGACCUCGACUUUCUGCUGGGCGUCAUCUCCGACGGGCCGACGAAGAGCUUUGCAUGGCGCCGGCUCAAGUACCUCGAGAGCAAGUGGAACCUGUACUUUCUGCUCAACGAGUACCGCGAGCUGGCGGACAUGAAGCGUGUGCCGCACCGCGACUUCUACAACGUGCGCAAGGUCGACACGCACGUGCAUCACAGCGCCAGCAUGAACCAGAAGCACCUGCUGCGCUUCAUCAAGGCGAAGAUCAAGCGACACCCCGACGAUGUUGUCAUCUUCCGUGACGGCGCGCACUUGACGCUGCAGCAGGUGUUCGAGUCGCUGAACCUCACUGCGUACGACCUCUCCAUCGACACGCUCGACAUGCACGCGCACCAGGAUGCCUUCCACCGCUUCGACAAGUUCAAUCUCAAGUACAACCCGAUCGGCGAGUCGCGUCUGCGCGAGAUCUUCCUCAAGACGGACAACUUCAUCCACGGGCGCUACCUGGCCGAGAUUACAAAGGAGCUCAUGGCCGAUCUGGAGCAGAGCAAGUAUCAGAUGGCCGAGUAUCGCAUCUCCAUCUACGGCCGCAGCCGCGGCGAGUGGGACAAGCUGGCGGCGUGGAUCGUCGACAACGAGCUCUUCAGCCCGAAUGUGCGGUGGCUCAUCCAGGUGCCGCGCCUGUACGAGGUGUACAAGGCCAACGGCACGGUGGACAACUUCGAGCAGGUCAUCGAGAACGUCUUCGGCCCCCUCUUCGAGGUCACGCGCGACCCCAGCUCGCACCCGAAGCUGCACAUCUUCCUGCAGCGCGUCAUUGGCUUCGAUGUGGUGGACGACGAGUCAAAGCAGGAGCGCCGCAUCCACCGCAAGUUUCCCGUGCCUCGCCUGUGGAACUACAAGCAGAGCCCGCCGUACAACUACUGGAUGUACUACAUGUUCGCCAACAUGUCGAGCCUCAACUCGUGGCGGCGGAUGCGCGGCUUCAACACCUUCGUGCUGCGCCCGCACGCCGGCGAGGCGGGCGACACGGACCACAUGGCCGCCGCCUUUCUCACGUCGCAGUCGAUCUCGCACGGCAUUCUGCUGCGCAAGGUCCCUGCGCUGCAGUAUCUCUACUACCUCAAGCAGGUCGGCAUGGCCAUGUCGCCGCUGAGCAACAACGCCCUCUUCCUCUCGUACGAGCGCAACCCGUUCCCGAGCUUCCUGCGCAUGGGCAUGAACGUGUCGAUCAGCACCGACGACCCGCUGCAGUUCCACCUCUCCAAGGAGCCGCUGCUGGAGGAGUACAGCGUGGCGACGCAGAUCUACAAGCUCACGCCCUCCGACAUGUGCGAGCUGGCGCGCAACAGCGUGCUGCAGUCGGGCUGGGAGAUGGAGCUGAAGCGCCACUGGCUCGGGCCGGACUUCUACCAGCCGGGCCCGCGCGGCAACGUCGUGGCCAAGAGCAACGUGCCCGACAUCCGCCUGCGCUUCCGCGAGGAGACGCUGCGCGAGGAGCAGGACCUCAUCUGGCGCUUCGGACAUGCAGAGUCUGCGCAGCCAGAACUCAGCCCGGCCGCUGGCGCACCAGCGUCAGUCGCUCCUCCCUCGGCUGUCGCAGCGGCAGCCGUCGACAGCGCACUGGACCCCACGAGCUUCCCCGGCAUCCACCGCGUCAGCGAUCGCGCCAAGGUGCGGCGCGCCUCGGAGCACGACGGGCGCGAGGCGGCACUGAGUGCGCUGUCCUCGAGCAAGUCUGCUGCGGAGCAGGAGCAGCAACCCUAG